CACACCAUAGAGGUGAAAUAGUGGUAUUACAGAGUCCCCCUCAAAACUCAUUGGAGAAUACAAUCCUAGGGGAGGGACCUUCAACCUUCUCCUCUAACAGGGUGGAGAAGGAGGAGAGGAGAUAGGAGGUGAGGAGAUAGGAGAUAGACGGAGAGGAGAUAGGAGGAAAGGAGAUAGGAGGAGAGGAGAUAGGCGGAGAGGAAUCGAAGAAACACAAACUGAGAUGAGGAAGAAGAAAAUUAAGAGAACGGCAGAAAGAAAAUAAGAAUAGUUAUGUUAAGAUUUAAUAAAAGGAGUGUGUAGACAUACCUUACUGGGUACACAUUGGUUGAAUCAACGUUGUAACCACUUCAUUUCAAUAAAAUUACGCUGAACCAACGUGGAAUAGACAUUGAGUUGACGUCUCUGCCCCGUGGGACUUUACUCUGCAAAAUGCUUGUGUUCAUUUUUUUUAUUUGGAACAUGUCAUGUGAUUUGCCAUAGUCUUACACAGUGAUCAUUUUCAAGGCUCUGAAAGUAAACUAAUAAAGAAACAAUGUCCCAGCAGGUGUACUAGCUUCCUGAUUGGAUGUGAUUGGAUCAUUAAAAUAGUGUGACCUGAACACAACAGAGGGUUGAACAGUACUAAGUACUGACACACAUGCACCGAGGGCAGACACAUACACAGGCACGUACACACAGACACACAACACAUACACACACUUCUAAAUACCUCUUCACACUGAUGUCAGUAUAGAUAGAAAACAGACAGUAUAGAAAGAAAAAAAGGCCCCUAUUUGGCCAUUGGUGGCUGGCCACAGAGCGCAAGCCAUAACGUGACUUCCUUAUGAACAAUGACACAAACAUUAGACCAAUUACUUAACUAUUUGUCAGUACAGUUAGAAUCAUACAGUAGAUAUUGCCAUUAGGAGUCAGUUAGAAAGGUAAUCAUACAGUAGAUAUUACCAUUAGGAGUCAGUUAGAAAGGUAAUCAUACAGUAGAUAUUACCAUUAGGAGUCAGUUAGAAAGGUAAUCAUACAGUUAGUUGAGAUGGAUGACUACAUCAAUGAAGAGGUUAUUGAAUUAAACGAGAUUAUUGAAGAAAAUGAGAACAUAGCAAUGAGGAGAGUGAAGACCCAUCGGGCAGGACCUAAGGAUUCAGGGAGAACACUCUACAGGAUGGUUGCUGUGAGCUUUGGGAUGCUGUGUGUUCUACAAGUCACUCUCAACAUCUCCCUGAGACUGUCUUUCUCCUGCUCUGAUAAAGAGAGAGACCAGAUAAAGGCCUGUUAUAACACCACUGGCCUGGCACAAGACAGAGACCAGCCAAACACCAGUAGAGGUAUCCUUGGCCUGUGUACAGAGAGAGACCAGUGCCGGAAGAACAGAAACCAGCUAGAGAGGGAGAGAGUCCAGUUAGAGAGUGAGAGAGACCAGUUAGAGAGUGAGAGAGACCAGUUAGAGAGUGAGAGAGACCAGUUAGAGAGUGAGAGAGACCAGUUAGAGAGUGAGAGAGACCAAUUACAGAGUGAGAGAGACCAGUUAAAGUGUGAGAGAGACCAGUUAGAGAAAACAAAUCAAAACCAGUUACAGGAGUGUUACAAUGCCUUUACUAAAGACAGGGACAUGAUGAGUGACAGGGUCAGUCUUCUGAUCAAUGAGAAGGUGACGCUGGAGAAGGGGCUCUCUGGGUGUGAGAAAAUGUGUCCUGAAGGAUGGAAGAAGUUUGGCUUCAACAGCUGUUAUUACCUCUCGGCUGAGAAGAAACCCUGGGAGUACGCUGAACAGGACUGUCUGGGGAGAGGAGCACACCUGGUGAUCAUAAACAGUGAAGAGGAACAGAAAUUCCUCAAUGCAUUAAGAACAAUUUCCUGGAUCGGUCUGAAUGAAAGGGAGACCUGGAAAUGAAAGGGGACCUGGAAAUGGGUGGACGGUACACCACUGACCACAUGGUACUGGGCGGGAAACCAGCCUGAUAAUUUUGGUCUUAAUGAGGAGGACUGUGCUGAGCUGAAUUAUAGGUAUUGUGACCAUGUAUAUACAUGGAAUGAUGUAGGAUGUACCGAUGAACGUAAUUGGAUUUGUGUUAGAGUGAUUUAACAAACAAUAGCUCAUUAUGUACAGUUGCCUUGCAUGUAGUCUGUACACAAAUAUCUCUCUCCCCCAAUGGGUUUUUAUUGGCAUCGGAAACGUGUUUAUAUUGCCAAAGCAAGAAACAAAAAGCAACAUCAUUAAAAAAACGUUUAAAAGGGGGGAGGAGUGGUAGGAUUAGGGGAAAAUAAUAAAGGAAAAUAUAUACAAAAAUAUAUAGAUUUUAUACACAUCUACCCAAAAAAUAUAUGGGGGAUCUGUUUGUGUUUGUGAUCAGAGCCCCAGAGCCAGCUGGCUGAGGAGACUUCCCUAGGUUCAUCUCUCCGUAGGUGAGGGCUUUGUGGUGGACUGUAUAGGCAUUUAACAGCGCUUUUCUGGAUUUUGAUAAUUAGCGGGUUUAGUCCUAAUUCUGCUCUGCGUUCAUUGUUUGGGGUUUUGUGUCGUACAUAAAGGAUGCUGUAACAGACGGUAUAAUGGAACAAAUACAAAGAUGAGUUCUCUAUCUAUGUUCAUAGAGACAGUGCUGAAUGAUUAAGUGAUGAUUCCACCUGGUGGUUAAAGUGAGAGAUGAACUCACCAUAGAGGUGAAAUAGGGUUCCCACUAGAUGGCCAGGCUGCAAUGUCAAAAUUGUCUAUAAUCUUACACAUUUCUGAAUUUCCUUUCUGGUCUUAAUGUAAGGUUAUGGUUAGGCAUAAGGUUAGCAGUGUGGUAAAUGUUAGGGUUAAAAUCUGAUUUUAAGAAGAGAAAUUCUAGAAAAAGGCCAGAUAGUGAUGACCGUGAAAAAAGUGGUGUUACAGACUUGCCUAUGGGAUUUUUCUCUAUUCAUCCUUCCUCGAUUCUUCUUCACAUCCCUCUUUCCUCGCUGCCUUCUCAACAUUCAUUGGAAAACGUAUGUAAUUGCUCAGAGAAAGAGAUUGUUUAACAAGUAAUAUUGCUUUCCUCUCAAAAAGAUAGGGGUAAAAAUGAUUGGCACCCCUGUUUUCAAUCUUUCAAUACCUCACUUUGCGAUGAUAAUGCCACUGAGCCUUUCUCUAAAAUGUUUUAUGAGAUUGGAGAACAUGGAGUUUUUUGUGGGUCAUUUUUAGCAGACAAAUUACAGUAGUGAGUGUAUAUAUUUUCAUGUUGGUCCCCAGUGGGAAUCAAACCCACAACCCUGGAGAUGCAAGUGUCAUGCUCUACCACGCGGGAUAAUGCAAGGGAGCUUAGACCAUUCUUCCAUACAGAAUCUGCCCUCAUCAAUUCAAACCACAGGUUUUCAAUGGUGUUCAAGUAUAGAGACUGAGACGGCAAUUGCAAAAUGUUGAUUUUAUGGUGAAUUUACCAUUUAUUUGUGGAUUUUGAUGUGCGUUUGGGGUUAUUGUAUUUCUGGAAGAUCCAUUUGCAGCCAAGUGUCGGCCUCCUUAUGGAGGUUUUUGGCUAAAUUGUCCUGGUACUGAGUAAAGUUCAUGAUGCUGUUGACUUUAACAAGGGCCCUAGGACCAGUGGAAGCAAAGUAGCCCCAUAACAUCAAAGAGCCACCAUCAUAUUUCACAGUAGGUAUGGGGUUAUAUUCUGCAUCCCACCACUGGUGGCCGUGGCCAAAGAGCUCUAUUUUCAUGUCAUCUUACACGUCAAUGCCUGAAGAUUGAUAAACAACAACGGCACUUAGAUUGGAACUUGUGUUGUGGUCGGAUGGAAUGUUCGGCAAUCUCAUGAAACAUUUAGAACAAGGCUCAGAAACGUUAUCCUCGCACGGUGAGGAUUUGAAAGGUGUUGAAAACAGGGGUGCCAAUAAAUUUGACCCCUUUCUUUUUGAGAAAAAAAACAAUAUUUAUUGUUGAACAAAAUUGCUUUAUUUUUUUCAAUUGUAUUAGUAUAAAAUAAUAUCAUUUUACAUUUUCUGGAGCAUACAAUUAUAGGUCAGUACUUGUAUUGUUUCUUUAUACAGUCUGUUUUGCUCAUCCCUAUCAAUCGUGCCAGUAAUUCAGGGCCUGGCUGUAGCUACAGCAGCUAUGUGACUGUUAGAGAUAUAGUUGAGUUAAUUAUAUUGAACAAUGUGUAUUCCUUGAGGGUUUGCUACUGUACCAGUAAUUGCAAUUCUUUUUUUGUAGCACGCAUGUUUGACUGAAGCCCUGUUUAUAUCUGCUGCUAACAUGCGUCCUGUAUCCAGAUCAUGUCCAAAUUCUGAUUGUGCACACAUUUUCAGACAGGUGUAGAUGAUUCAAAGACUCAUUGUGAUCUGAUUUAGGACAACGGACAAGAUCAGGACGAGGGAUGCAUAUCAGUGGCAGGUAUAAAAGGGGCUCGAGAGAGAGAGGGUUGACAGCAUUGUCACCAGUGUAACUGUAUGUAUCAUAAUUGCAGCUAUUGAUUAUAAUAAACAUAUUAAUGAUAAAGCUAUUGAUUAUAAUAAACAUAUUCAUGAUAAAGCUAUUGAUUAUAAUAAACAUAUUAAUGAUGAAGGUAUUCAUUAUAAUAAACAUAUGAAUGAUAAAGCUGUUGAUUAUAAUACGUUUCCUAAAGCUUAACGCUUAUUGAUGGUGAUAUUUGUUCAUUUGAUGCUAUUGCUACCAGUCUCAGACCUUUUCAGAAACGUGACAUUAUGAAUAUCUCAUUGGUUCAUUCUGUAUUCCCUGUGUAUAGCAAAUAUACAGACUAAUGACAUGGUGAUUUGUAAUCCAUCUCUCGGUGUAACACAUGCUAGAACUGUACUAUGUACUGACGUUGUUGACUCGUUUCUUUCCUAUCUCAACCAGUGCUUUUUCAGAUGCUUCAUUGCGUAUUAGGUUGAAUAUCCAUGCAUUCUUCAUGUCACUCUGUCACCUACAGGUCCUGGUUUUUACCAUAUUGGACUUGGUCGUCCACAAUGCUUAUUAUGAAACAAACUGUGGAUUUUGUGUGGAAAUAAAUGUUGCAAAGUGCUGCACAAACACUA